AUGGCUGAGACCACGACGGCUGCGGCUGAAGAGGAAAGAAACUUCGUGGCUCACUUCAAAGAGCAGCAAAUUUUGCCCCCUGAUGAAAUCCAACAAAACCCAAGGAAUGAAGGUUUGGGAGCAAGUUCGAGAAAUUUGAGUGUGCGAGACUUUGAGUUGGUGAGGACUUUAGGAACCGGCACAUUCGCUCGCGUCUGGCUUGUACGUCUUGCGAACCCCGCUGAAGAGGAUCGCGAUAAGGUUUUUGCGCUGAAGGUCUUACGGAAAGUCGAGGUCAUCAAACUUAAACAAGUCGACCAUGUCAAUCACGAGCGUUCGGUUCUUUCAGAUGUUGCUGGGCAUCCUUUUAUUACUACAUUAAUUACUUCUUUUUCUGAUCAUGAUUCACUGUAUAUGCUGCUUGACUACUGCCCUGGAGGUGAAGUAUUCUCCUAUCUACGAAAAGCCAAACGAUUCGACGAGAACACAGCUCGAUUUUAUGCCGCGGAAAUAGUUUUGAUUCUUGAAUUUUUACACGAACGAGAAGGGGUUGCAUAUAGAGACAUGAAACCGGAGAACCUGUUAUUGGAUGCUGAGGGACAUAUAAAACUGGUUGAUUUUGGAUUCGCAAAACGUUUGGGAAACAGGGAAACAUAUACUUUAUGUGGUACACCAGAGUAUCUUGCGCCAGAGGUUAUUCAAUCGAAAGGCCAUACGACGGCCGUCGACUGGUGGGCUUUGGGUAUAUUAAUAUAUGAAUUCCUCACAGGAUAUCCACCCUUUUGGCAUUCAAAUCCAAUAGAGAUUUACAAGCAAAUCGUUAGCAAGCCAGUUUCUUUCCCUGCCGAACCUGCCAUUUCACCUGCGGCAAAAGAUAUCAUUCGCCAAUUCUGCACGCUCGAUCGAUCACAUCGUCUCGGAAAUAUAUCUGGUGGCGCUGCACGGGUUAAAGAUCACCCUUUUUUCCAAGGAGUGAUUUGGGAAGAUGUAUAUUACAGGAAAUACCGUGGUCCAAUUAUACCCCCUUUGAGAUAUCCAGGCGAUGCUCAAAAUUUCGAUUUAUACCCCGAUGAAAAAGAAGGAAGAGAACCAUACACAGAGGAGCUCGCGGCAAAAUACGAUGAUUGUUUCAAGGGUUUUUAG